AUGCAUCUACACCCGUUAGACCGUGAACCCGAUCCUCCGGCAACCCUGCGCAGGCAUGUAGGGGGGCAGCGUAAAAAUGGAAAUGCCCCGGCGGUUGCCUAUCCACACAGUCUCGCGAUUCCCCGCGUCUCGUUGGUGGAGCCCGUGCGUGCACUCUCACGGGCAUCUUCGUUCUCCAACGCGCGCGGGCGAUGGUAUGUGUAUUACCAUACCUUCCCGGCAUGGUUGACCAUAGACCGGCUCAGAAGUGGCCGAGACAUUCGCCUCUCGACCGCGACCAUGAGAGCACUCAACUCGCGACGCCCACAGCUUACGAGUACUCGCUUCUGCCUGUUCCCUCGUCCCUUCCUCUGUCUUCUCGUGGUGCUGUUCGUCGUUCACGGUGGCCGAACGCGCAGCGUGACUCGCGAUGAACAGCUCUUGGUCCAGCCCGGGGGCAAGCUUUCGCCAGUCGAAAGUGAACGCGACGUACCCCUAACUUCGCCGAGCACGGAGGAGGACAGUGCGCCGGGUCAAGUGCGGGACAAGCUGCUGAAUCCGGGGAGCGAUGGCAUUGAAAAUGAAAAGGUCCAGCCUGAGGAACCGGGGAGUGUCGAAGGGAAGAUUCCGCAGCCGAAGGUUUCCGCCGAUCGGCAGCUGCAAGAGGCUGGCCAGGACAACACCGAGCAGCUCGCUGAUCAAUACACGCGAAAGGACGCCUCGCCGGUCGACCAGGAGCUCGACGCUGAGAAAAAGGAGGCAGAGAAGAUCGACGAGGCAAAGGCGCCCGUAGCUAAGAUCGGCGUAGAUGCUGAGAGUAGCGAGAUCUUGAAGAAAGAGGACGAAGAAGCGACUGUGGCUAAGAAGAGGAGACGAAACGACGUGGCUCUCGCUGGGAAAUCCGAUGUUCAUGGGAGCGAACAGAUUCCAGUGGAACGACUCGACGUGGUAAAGGACCAAGGGAUCCGCAGGUUCGACGAACUCGGCGAAGAGCUUCCGAGUUAUUUCCGUAAAUCUGUACUGAUCGAUUCUGAUCAGGAGAAAGAGGAUGCCAGCUCGGAGGAUAACGUCGACGAGGACGAAGAAUCGACAAAGAACAGAGGUCACAGGUAUUUGGACGAUCCUCAGAGUAAAUCGAGACGCAAGAGCUCUACCGUCUACUUGAGCGCCGAAGAGAAGAAGAUAUCCGAUGGAGAACAGCAGUCGAUCGUCGAGGGGCAAAUCAAGAAAUUGAUAUCGAUUCGGGACGACGCGCUGGACGCUCAGAAGGUGGACAACCUGGACGAAGCCAAGGUUCUGACAUCCAAGCGACAGGCUGGAUUGGACGAGGCCGCGUUCACACAGGAGGACGUCCAAAGCGAGCAAGGAAACAAGUCGGGCAGGGCGCAGAACAUUCAGCAGGUCAGGCUGAUCACGCCGGAGUCCGUUGUGUACAACAUCCUGCAGGAUGCACUAGAAGCUUAUCCUAACGACGAGACAUUGGUGUCGUACAUCGACCCGAAGAACGAGACGCUGAAAGAUCUCCUCAGCUCCAAUCAGCUGGACAUCUUGCAGAUGGCGGAGAAACUGCUGCCGCCGGCUUUGCGCCGGGAGUACUCCGACAGCAUGUUCUCCUGCGUCAGGAGGUUCGAGUACUUCAGCUGCGUCAAGUACUUUGCCUGGCCCAUGAUCAAACAAUACUUCCCAGCACUGCCCGCAUUCCCCGACUAUCAGAGCUGGUAUCCUAUCUUCGACUUGUAUCCACAAUACCCUAUUCUCCCAUUCCCCACCCUCUCGGGAGACGUAGGCGAGUUGCCGGAAGUCGUGGACGCGGACGCUACUCGAUCAAGAAGACCCAGACCCGAAGCGGUAAUCAUUCAGGUUCUUCGGAAUACCUUGAAGGAACAGCCACGGUUGUCGGUUUCGCCGUCUUUCCUGGACCAAUUCGCUGAUUCUUACAUCGCUCUGAUGCCUCAGGACCAACUAACGGCUAUUAAUAUGGCUGAGCAACUGAUCCCAGUCGCGUAUCGCCCGGAAUUUGUUCAAAAAACGGUGCAAUGCAUGAAAGAAUACAACUAUUUGACCUGCAUCAAGUAUUCGACCUGGCCCACUGUUAGACGAUUCAACCCUAAUUUGCCGGACAUCUCUGGACUACUGCCAGAUUUCCAAGUCCCAGAAUACAUCACCAGGCUUUCUCUCCAGAAUUUAGGACCGUACUGGCAGUUCGGAGGCUCUUCGGAGCAGCCGGGGGUUCCUGCAAUCGUAUUGGUGAAGAAUCUUUUGAACACGUUGCAGUCUUCCAGCAAAUUAGAAGAGGAGAUCAUCGUAUUGUUGUUGAAGGUCCGAGAAUCCGGCUCCAAGUCUCAGGAAAUACCAUCGCUCGUUUUUGCCGAGAACAUGCUGACAUUCGCAAGAUUCUCGACGGCCCAGCUCGAUAUUCUGCGAUUAGCCGAGUCCCUCGUACCAGCCGUUGCUAGGCCAGGUCUGAUCACUGAAGUCAUCGUGUACCUGCAGAGGAGCAACAACUUCAUCGAGUGCGCCAAAUACGUGAUAUGGCCGACAAUCGCUAGAUAUGUGCCCAAUCUACCAGAGUUCCCUUCGCUGGAGAACAAAAAAGAAUCGAUUAACUUGGUGCUGCCAGCCACGGUACUGAAAGAGCCGGCAAACAAUCCUAGCGUGAAAACCAAUCGUUUCCAGGAUGAAUCUAGGAACAAGGCGCAGCAGAAUGUUCCGACGAUCAGCGUGACCGACAUCAGGUUCAGCCCGAUCUUCACCGAACAUCCGGAGACCGUGAUACUGAACAUCGUUCGUUCGGUUCAGCUGCAAUCAGUCAAUUUGAAUCGCGGGCCUGUCAGAACGACGUCGCCGAUCAACAGUGCAUUAUACAGUCUUAUUAACGAGCAACAGCAGAACAUCGUGAGAAUCGUGGACAGCCUGAUACCGGAUAGUAUUCGCACGGACUUCACGGACAGUCUGAUCUCUUGUCUUCAAAUAAACGAUUUCCUGACUUGCACCAGGGAUGUGAUCUGGCCGACUUUGUCCAGUUACUUCCCAUGGCUGCCCAACUUCCCGAACUUCGGCACUACACCCAGCCCUCCUAACAACAGUUCGUCCACAAGCGAUUCCAAACAGAAACUAACGGACCUAAGUUCCAACAAAGACCCUCCGCCUCUAUCAGAGACAGACGUGACGACUGGACAACAUGGGGACACAACUGUAACCAUCACGGACACCAGAUUCGUUCCAAUCUACAAUGAACUCCCCGAGACGGUGAUAAUGAACAUCCUGAAAGCAGUGCAUCUCUCUCUUCCUAAUCAGCCCGGUUCCCCUGCUCCAAUAAGGAAUCAAGAAUUUCCGAGUACCCUGACGGAGCAUCAAUUACAGAUCAUUCAGCUGGCAGAAAACUUGUUGCCCAUUCCGGCUCGAGCGAACUACCUCACGAAGAUCAGAUCUUGCAUGAGAAACAAAGUCUUCCUUGAGUGCACCAGGGACAUCACUUGGCCGGUGAUCGCCCAGGCUUACCCGUGGCUACCGAAUUUCCCCAAUUUCGGCGUCAAUCAGAACAUACCGGGGAUCAGAUUGCACAUGCUACUGUCAGAGAAAUCACAAGGAUCGGAUAUAGAAGCGCAGCCGUCUCGAGAGAGCCUUAAAUCUGGCGGAGUCGUGUUGCUGGAAGCUGAAGAGAGAAUAGAGGACGUUUUGUCAAAUGCUUUGAAGAAAAGCCCGAAGCUGGAUCGAGCGAAGCUGGACGCUAGCGACUCUGGUCUUUCCCACCUUACCAAGCGACAAGAGAACAUUGUGAAGCUGGCUGAAUUAGGGAUCCCGGAUUCAGCUCGGCCGACGUAUGUCGCGAGAAUACAGGAAUGCACGAAGGGCUACAACUUCGUCACAUGCAUGCAGAGCAUCGGCUGGCCCACGCUGAAGCAGUAUCUGCCUUCGUUGCCGGACUUCUCCGAAAUCGGCGCGUUGCUUCCGCAGUUGCCUCCGAUAUCCAUAGACCCAAUCCCUCCGCUGCCAGAUCUCGGUCCUAUUCAGACUAUUCCAGGAAUCUCCGAGCUGCCUAGCGAAAUUCCCCAGUUGGUCCCGCAAGUCUUAGGGUACUCCGCGCAAGGAGCCGGGAACGCGCAGCUGUUCGCAUCGGAGAACCAGGGAGCACCAGCGUUUACGCCGUCAGUAGGUAACGAAGGAACAAUUCCGGGGUACGCAGGCCAGCCGCCAGGUAUUCUCAUAGACAUCUCGAAGGAGAAGGUGCAGCUGUCCGACGUCGUCCAGUCGCGAGCAAACGCGAAACAGUCGAAGAACAGAGGGCGCAGAAGCUUGGAAUUUAUGAGCACUUAUUACAAGAUGGACGAAGCACCUGACUCCUCGGAUUCGUCUUCGACGUAUCCGAACAUCACGGAAUCCGAGUAUCUUCAGCUUUUGAUCAAAAUGAGGGAGAACCCGAGAGUAGGUGGCAAAGCUUCCUCGGAAUCGAAGAAAUACUUCGCUGACACUUUGAACGCCACCAUCAGAAAUUCUCUGACUGCCGAUCAAUACGAGAUCGUGAAGAUCGUUGAGGAAGUCGAUACAGAGAAAGGCAGAGGGCUUGCUCAGCAGAUCAUUCAAUGUAUCACCGGUCUAAGUUUCAUCAGAUGUGUGGGUAUCUUCGUUUGGCCCAUGAUCGUCAGCAACUUUCCCAUUCUUGGUAUCCUUGGACGAUCAUUGGACACGGAGAACCAGGUACAAGAGUUCUUCGGCAUGUCUACUAGCGAUUUUGAGAAAGAGAUGCUGGAGAGGAAAGGCACCAUUGAACAUUUCCUGUUGGAUUGGUACAAGAAGGUGGUCGAAGACAAAUUCCAAACGAACGUGGGCUUCUUGAAGAUCAAGGGCUACGGCAAUGGCGAAUUGGGGAUCAGCUUCUCGGGUUUUAGGGAAGGUAGAGGUGCGAAGCUCAAGGAUAAUAAAAAUCUUCCUAGCAUACUAACGAUCAUCAGCGAUAUUAUGGAGGAAGUCCUAGACCAGCGCCCCGAAAUCGAGAAGCCGAAGAGAGAAAAGGAGAAGAGGGAAAAGAGCAUUGAUAUUUCUAGAGAGGGUGAGAUCCAGUUCUUAAAAGACAGCGAAGAAUACGUUGACAUUAAAAGAUCUAUGAACGACGAUGAGAUUAUCACGAUGUUCUUGGACAAGAUCAAGUCUAACGAUUCCGACUCAGACGGAGACAGCGAGAAGUAUUUCGGUCUGGAAGAUGCCUACAACGCUUUCGGUGUCCUCUUUGGUCCUCAAAUGCACAGCAGACUCGCUCACAAAUUGCAGAGCUUUGAUCAUCAAUUGAGAUCCUUAGAAGAGACCGGUUCGACUGAAGCAAACAAGGAUGUAGAAAUCGUGUCUCUGGAAUCUCAAGAUCCUCAAAAUUCUGAGCAACUAAAGGUACUACCCUUGAGGAGUCAGGUGGCAUACGAUCUCGAGAAAGAGUCGUCAAGGGAUCAAGAACAGAUGCGAAGGCAGAAAAGAGCGAAGAACUUCUUCAAGUCUCUCCUGGAGAAGCAUCCGAGUAAGCAUCUAAAAGAAUCCAUUGAGGAGAGGCUCGAAGACGUGGAAGACAAUAAAAUCAUCGACGAUCCGCAGGAGAAGGACAAGAAAUCGAGUCUAGUAGUAAAAUUGCCACGACUGGACGACGAAAUUCUGCCGAAGAAAAUGACCAAUUCCAUGGUACACUUGGGCAGGGCCAUGAAGAACAAGAUGGUGCAGAUGAUGCCUGGUAUAGGGCUGGUCUUGUCGUUCUUGAUUCAAAUGGCCGUGGCGCACGCGCGGGCGGCUGCUUCGAUGGCUGGAAUGAUCAGCAACAUGGCUAUGGGCUCGGCGAUCAUCGGGAUGAUCCGCGACUCGUUCUUCGGGGCGAACAAUCAUCCGCAGAUUAAGUACGUUUACGAUAAUCAUAAGACAGGGCCGGGCAUCACCUGGCCCUCUAACUAUGGGUCCGACUCUUAUUAUCAUGGAUAG